AUGGGAGCAAGAGGGUCAAAAGAAACACUUGAAGACACAAUUUUCAACUUAAGAAUGGGUUCCAAGCAGCUUGCUAAAGAAUCCCAACGAAGCGAGCAGCAGUGCAACAUCGAAAAACAAAAAGCUGCAGCAAGUCUCAGAAAAGGGAUGAUUGAUAAUGCUAGGAUCUAUGGGGAAAACUCAAUAAGAUUUCACAACGAAAGCCUGAAUUACUUGCGUUUGUCCUCAAAAUUAGAUGCAGUGCAAUCCCGUCUUCGUUCUGCAUCUAGAACCCAAGAAUUAACCAAACAGUUUGGCCACAUCGUCCCACAGAUGAAUUCUGCUUUAAAAAGUAUGAACCCUGAGGUCAUUGCUAGGACCAUGAAUCAAUUCGAGAGCGUCUUUGAAAACUUUGAAGUUGUUUCAGGCACAAUAAAUCAAUCAUUAGAAACAGCUACUGUGACAAGUGCGCCGAGAAGUCAAGUCGAUGACUUAUUAAACCAAAUCGCUUCAGAACAUGGCAUACAAGUCCAAGCCGAGCUUGGAGAAGUGCCCCUUACACAGCCUAUAAGCCAGCCCCAGCAAAUGAGAGAGGAACAAAAAGCGGGGUAUGCUAGAUAUCAAUAA